AUGAUCAUAAUCCACUUCUGUUAUGAACUCAACAUUAACGCCGGGAACAAUGGGAACGCUGGGAACGCCGGGAACGCUGGGAACACCUGGAACGCUGCGAACGCUGGGAACAAUGGGAACAAUGGGAACACUGGGAACGCCGGGAACGCUGGGAACACCUGGAACGCUGCGAACGCUGGGAACAAUGGGAACAAUGGGAACACCUGGAACGCUGGGAACAAUGGGAACAACUGGAACGCUGCGAACGCCGGGAACGCCGGGAACACUGGGAACAAUGGGAACGCCUGGAACGCUGCGAACGCCGGGAACACUGGGAACAAUGGGAACGCCUGGAACGCUGCGAACGCCGGGAACGCUGGGAACAAUGGGAACGCCUGGAACGCUGCGAACGCCGGGAACGCUGGGAACAAUGGGAACGCCUGGAACGCUGCGAACGCCGGGAACACUGGGAACAAUGGGAACGCCUGGAACGCUGCGAACGCCGGGAACGCUGGGAACAAUGGGAACGCCUGGAACGCUGCGAACGCCGGGAACGCACUCCUGCCUUUCUUCAUGUAG